UAACAGAAGAUUUACUUGUUUGUUUCAGUGCAAAUCGAAUUCUUUCAAAAUCUCAAUCUGGUGAUGUUUGGAAGGAGCAGCGCUGACAAGACUUUUACAGCAAAUACAAUACUGCCAGGGGUGUUUAAAUCUGAAGCCAUCCAUGAAUGCGUGAAGAGAGAAAGUGUAUGCUACACACCUUCAUCUGCAUAUCAGAUCACCCUGGUUGAAAUGCCGGAGCUAUAUAAUACGUCUCUCUCUCAGAAGGAUGUGCUGCGUGAGGCAUACUGUGCUCUGUCUCUAUGUUCAUUUAACAUAAACACAUUUCUUCUGGUCCUUCCUAUCAGUCCUCUCAGUGAUGAUGAUAAAGGAGAAAUCAAUGUACUCAGUGGCAGAUGGAAAGUUCUGGGAUCAUCUAAUGAUCUUGUUCAUAUGGCAGGGUAACAGGACGGACAAAGUCAUCAUUGAUUUCAUACAUGGAAACAGAGAUAUUCAACAAAUUGUUCAGAAAUGUGGGAACAAAUACUACACACUUAGUAGUGAGCAAAGACUUGACAGAGAGCAGCUCUCAGAACUGCUCAAUAUGAUUACUAGGAAGAAUACUAGCUACUUAUCUGCUACAUAUCAGGAAGCACAGAUGGAGAAGAUGAUUCAACUGGAGGGCAGAAUUAAGGAAAUGGAGGAAGAAAACAGAGUUAAAAAUGAUCAAACAAACAGCUGAAAAUGAGAGUCAGAUAACAAGAGCAAACUGUGUAAGGAUUGUACUUGUUGGGAAAACUGGAAGUGGGAAAAGUGCUACUGGGAACACUAUUCUCAACAAAGAAGUCUUUAAAUCCUGUUGCAGUAUGAAAUCAGUGACAUCCUCGUGUCAGAAGGAAGAGGGGUUUGUUAAUGGAACUCCAGUAGCUGUUGUUGAUACUCCAGGCCUGUUUGACAAACAUGUCCCAAAUGAUGUAGUGAAGGAAGAGAUUCUGAAGUGCAUCGGUCUCCUCUCUCCAGGACCUCAUGUGUUCCUGCUGGUGAUUGGAAUCGGAAGAUUCACAGAGGAAGAAACAAAAACUCUAAAUAUAAUCAAGGAAACCUUUGGAAAAAAUGCUGGGAUGUUCAGCAUAAUAAUAUUCACACAUGGUGAUAUGUUAAAAUCUCAGACAUUUGAGAGUUACCUGGAAGAUGCUGAUUCAGAUAUGAAGAUGUUAAUCCGAGAUUGUGGAGGAAGAUGUCAUGUGAUUGACAACACAAAUCAAGGUGAUUCUCAACAAGUCAGUGACUUGCUGGAAAAAAUCAACAGAAUGGUUGAAAAGAAUGGAGGAGGAUGUUACACCAAUGAGAUGUUCAAAGAAGCUGAAGCUGCCAUAAAACAGGAAACAGAAAGAAUAUUGAAAGAAAAAGAGAAAGAAAUGGAGAGAGAGAGAGAAUGUUUGCAUGAAAAGUACAUGCAGGAGAUUGCUGAAAUAGAGAGGAAAAUGGACAAACAGAGAGAACUAAUGGAGAGAGAGAGGAAGAUAAAAGAGGAAGAACUACGACUCAAGGAAGAGUUCUUGCAAAAUGAACUUAAGAGAAGAGAUGAACAAGAAGAGAAUGAGAAGAAAGAAAGACAAAAAGCUGAAGAGCAAAGAAGAAUCAAAGAGGAGAGGAAACAGAAGCAAUGGGAAAGGGAACGGCAAGAAAUAGAAGCAAAACGGAUAAAAUUAGAGAAUGAGCAACAAAAGAGAGACCAGGAAUAUAGAGAGAAGUAUGAGAAAGAGAGGAGAGAAAUGGAGGAACUUCACAAAAAGAGACUGAAGAGAGAACAUGAGGAGAAAUACCAGAAAAAACUUAAAGAGGAGAGGAGUGAAUGGGAGCUGAAAGAAAAGAAAAUGAUAGAAGAAUUUGAACAGGAAAAAAGAAAAAGAGAAGAAAAAGAAAAUGAUAGGAUCAAGAAGGAACAUGAAGAAAGAGAGAAAAUAGAGAGAGAGUAUGAGUACAGUAAACUAGAGAUGAGAAAACAAAAAGAAAAAUGGGAAACAACAUGGAAGGAGGAGUGGGAGAAACGAGUGAGAGAGGAGGAGAAGAGAAGGGAAGAGGAGAGAGAGAAACUGAAAAAGCUUGAAGAGGCAUUUGAACGAGAUCGUAAAGAGGAGGAGGAGAAGAGAAAGAGAGAAGAUAAAGCCAGACGAGAACAGGAGGAGAAAGAACGAAAAGAGAUGGAGGAAGAGUAUGAACAGAAAUUAAAAGAAAUGAAGAGAAAGUAUGAAGAUGAGGCAAGAAAACAAGCAGAAGAAUUCAAUGAAUUCAGAGAGAAAUAUAGGAAAGACUUUCAUGCUCUCAUGUUACAGCAUGAUAUGGAGAUGCAAGACCUGAAGUUAAAGCAUGAAAAAGAGUGCCUUGAGAAUCAAAAAGAGUACAGCUUACUGAGUGAACUCUCAAAGGAAAAAGACAAAAAUCUGAAUGAAAAAAUUAAAGACAUGGAAGAAAAACACCAAAGAGAGAUUGAUAAGCUGAAGAAGAAGUAUGAGGAUAAAUGUGUUUUACUGUAAGAUACUGAGGCUAGGGACUUCCGGUGGCAAGAUGAGGAGGUAGUCGUGUUUCGUUUGUGCUCUCACAUAAUUUCAUUUUAUUUACACUAAAAUACGAUCAAGUAUACUUUGAAAAGGGACAACUUUGUCCGUAAUAAUACCCUGGAUCUCUAUUAACCGAUCUAUUGUAAAAUGACAAGCAAAAACAUGAAAAAAUUGAUGACAAGACAGACACGGCUCGACAGUCCCAACCUAAAGCAAGCUAGCAUGGUGGCCGCUGCCAGCAACCACGUGGAGCUAUCUUUGAAGACAAUACACUUCUUCAGCUGGUUAAAACUGAACUAACAUCCUCUCUCAGUCAGAUGUCGGACACCAUCAAAACAGAGAUGGCGAGCUUCCGCUCAGAGAUUGGAUUUAUUGUUGAAAACUUUUGAUCGGAGGUCAAAACCAAAAUGGAUGCUCAACAACUGGAAAUAACGGGGCAAAUCCAUUCCAUUCAGAAUAAGCAAACCAUUAUGUCUGAUACUAUGGAGAAUAUGGAAACAACCCUCAAUUCCCAUCACGACUCGCUAGAAGUAAUGGUAACCACAGUCUCAACGUUGAAAGAUCAAAUACUGAAGUUGCAAGAGCAACAACAAGACCUCGAGAAUAGGAGUCGUCGCCAAAACCUGCGGAUCAUUGGCAUACAUGAAGAUGUGGAGAAUGGCCGGCCUACUGACUUGAUGUCUGGCUUCUUCUCAGAGGUGCCAGGUGAAGAUCUGCCUGAUCUUCAAUCAGUGGUGUUAGAUCGCGCUCAUCAUGCCCUCGCUCCAAAGCCUCGUCCCGGCAACAGGCCCAGAGCAAUGAUCGUUCGUCUGCACUACUUCUCUGAUAAGGCCAAAAUUCUCCAAGCCUCCAGGAAACGAGGUGAGCUUACAUUUCGCGGCGCACGUGUCCAUAUUUUCCCAGAUAUGAGUGCCGAACUGAGCCGUAGAAGAGCUGCCUUUAACUCAGUGAAACUUAAGCUUAAGCAGGCUGGGAUUUCCUACGGCACCCACCAUCCGGCAGAUUUACGGUUCGCUUAUGACAACACUAGACUUUCUUUUAAGUCACCAUCGGAGGCGAAUUUUUCUUACCUCGACAUUGGGGACACCUACUGGUUAAAGACUAGAUUGUCUUAUGAAACUCUUUUCAACAAGAUAAAAAACAAUUGUGUGUUAAAGAAUAUUUUGUAUGUCGAGCGUUUAGAAGAAGUCCAAUGCGUUUGGGAACGUUGAAGGUUAGUUACAUGUGGGAUGUUUUUUUGCUGCUCAUUUGGGGAGCUGCAUGGUGGGUGGGUUGGGGUCAAGGUGUUUGUUCAACAUUGAAAUUUGUUCAUGUAUACAUGUGCUAUUGUGUACAACUGAUAGGUAAAUUUCAGAAGGAGGUUGACACAUCAGUUUUUUUGUCCAUUAAACAAUGCUAUAAAACCUGGAAAAAAAAAAAGAUAGUGAGGCUAAGCGAAUGCACACCUGUAGAGGUGCAAGUUGGGGGAAAAAAAUAUUAUUGAAGGAGAACGACUGAACACUCACUUAAGCAUAGGCUUUUUAUUUACCAACGUUUCGGCUAGCCUUUGUCAAGGUAAAGUUUCACAAAAUGGAGAAUAGUAUAAAUAAAGGGGAUAAUUGUCCACAGGUGAGAGUGGUGACAUCCAAAUCAUCCAAUAAUUAAUAAUCACUACGUUAUCUACAUAGCACAGCUGAUUGGUUGCUGCUCAACAUUCAAAUACUUGACAUUGUUGUUAACAGUCUGCAGAGUGCUUUCAGAAAACAUCUGAAAUCAACAAGGAUUUGCAGUUCACAUGUAAAGUCUUUCUUUCUUUAAUAAAAAUGACUAGAUGAUUAUAUAUUUGUAUAUUAAAUAUAUUAAAUGGCUCUAAGAUUAUAUAUUUUCUUCUAAAGUUAACAUUAUGUUUUAUAUUAUACAGAAUUUCCAGAAUAGCAGUCUUUUUAAGGUCAAGUUUAUAAAACAUACUGACUCUUUCUAUAGCCUAAUGAUUAUAUGAAUUUUCGUCCAUUGCAUAAUACAGAGACAGUCAUGGAAAAGCCAGUGUUAGCUUAAAUACACGUUAGCUGACGAUAUGUAACACUGUGCUCAGAUUACAAUAUUGUACAGAUUAUUGUCAUGUAGCCUAUCAGACAACAGCAAAGCUAGAAUUGGUCAUCUAGGACUGGGGUUCCCAACCACAUUCCUGGAGCCUCCCCAACACUGCAUGUUUUCUUUGUCUCCUUAAUCAAACACACACACUAACACUUUAAGCACUGUUCUAUUUGAUGUUAUCCAUUUAAUCUUUCCUUUUCAUAUUCGUUCAGAAUUUUGCCCGAGAAAUCAGGAACACAUGGAAAUUUAUAUUCAAAAUAUUCUUCUAAGUCAUAAAGAAUGAAUUAGAGCGCUUUCUGUCAGUAUUUGAGGAUCAAGACCGUGUGUCUGUCACCAGAUGGCGCUGUAACACUGACAGCAGAAAACGCCUCACAUUUCACAUUCACCCACAGCAGCCAGAGAUCUGGUGGUUUCACUCAGUGACUUUCAUCAUAUUAUUGUAGGAUUGUUACUGCAUUGCAUCACUUCUCAUAUGUCCUUUAUGAUGAUUUGCUUUUGCUGGCAUAUAUUCCUCAUUUUUUGAAGUUUAUCUUCUGUAUUUUAGUGCACGUUGACAGUUUCACUCUGCCCCCUAGAGGAGAAACUUAACAUCUUCUCCUGUAAUUCAUUUGUUCUUUUGCACUUCUAACAUAGGCCAGCAAUGUAUUUUAUAUGUCAAUGUCAUUUGUAAUGCACGGGUUUAAUGCUUUUCAUUACCAUUCUCUCAUUAUAGUUUACGUUUUAAGAGUAAAUUAAUUGAAUACGA